AUGGAAAAUAUAGUUGGGAUUCAUUCUGCUGGUCUUGGGUCCACUGCAAGGAAGAAGAGGAGUAUUGUAUCUCGUCAGCCUUGUUCUGAUCCGCAGAAAUUUCUACAGAAUUAUACUUUGCUGCCAUCCUCUACACAAUUUUUAGGCUGUGGACAGAAUGAGGACCAAGUAGCAUCUGGCUCAGAUGGACCGAGAAGUUAUAAAAGACUGAAGAAGCUUAAGCUCACGUUUGGUGGUGUCACUCAUACAAUACAUGCCAAGCCUGCAAUAAAAUAUGCUUUCAAUGAUGGGGCUUCCCUCUCAAACUCUUAUCAAGGUUUUGAUGCUGCUCGGGCUCGAGAGAAGUUACUUGUUCAGGAUUCUAGUUUCAAAAGGGGCAAUUCUUCUGGAAGAAAGAUGUCUGGUGAAAGUGUUGAUGUGAACAUUCCAUUCCAUUCUGAGGCAGUUCGCAAGAGUAAUCGAGUUCCUAAGAGGCGUGCAAUGGAUGUGGAAUUUGAUGAAGAUGAUGACAUUGAUGAGGAAGUACGUUACCUUGGAAGACUCAGUGCUUCUAAGGAGAGAAAAAAGGGGAUAUCAAUCGUUUCAGAUGGUAGGCAAGAGGAUAGGGAUUAUGAGCAAGAAGAACCUACAUCAGAUGAUGAAAAUGGAUACACAUGCAAGAAGCUGGGAUUUGUUGGAGUAAGGAAUGAAUCAACUACAAAUACACAUAAGCGGGCUCUUCAGACAGGCAAAUAUGAUUUUUUUGUGCCUGGCAGCAGUCUGCUUGAGUUCCCAAAUGGUUUACCUUCACCCCCUCCUAAAAAACAAAAGACUAAGCUUUCUGAAGAAGAGCAGCAAUUAAAGAAAGCUGAGGCUGCACAGAGGCGUAGAAUGCAAUCAGAGAAGGCAGCUAGGGAGGCUGAGGCCGAGGCAAUCAGAAAAAUACGCGGACAGGAUUCUGGAAGAAAGAAGAAGGAAGAAAAGAUGAAGAAAUUACGUGACAAAGUGGUUCAGACAAAGGCUGCCAAGGCUGGUGCGCUUGAACCAAAUACUGUUAGAUGGGUCAUUGGUCCCACUGGAACUACAGUCAUUUUCUCUGAUGACAUUGACUGUAAUUAUCCUCCACCACGUGAAAAAUGUGCGGGUCCAAACUGUACGAAUGCAUACAAGUAUCGUGACUCGAAGUCGAAGCUUCCCCUGUCACUGAAAGAAAUCGAUGAUGGUAUAUUUUGUAACCUUGUGUUGCUGCAAAGACAGCAUGAUCGGUCUCAAUCUGAGAAUGGCUCAGACCCAAAUUCAGUUCCCUGCAGAGUAGCACUCCUUCAGCUCUCAGCAUACGCUCAUACACGUUGCAUCUCUCGCAUUCCUCUGGUAGAAGCAAGAUUGGCUAUGGAUGGAUAA